AGCCGAAGAUGUCGGCUCGGUCAUGUGAUCAGCUGUGUCCAAUCACAGCUGAUCACAUGGGACAUGUACACUGAUCACCAGGGCACUGAUGAUCAGUGUGCCCUGAUGAUCAGUGUGGCCCCAGAAGUGCCACCUGUCAGAGUCCAUCAGUGCCAGCUGAACAGUGCCACAUGCCAGUGCCCAUCAGUGCCACAAUGCCACAUAUCAGUGCAUACCAGUGCACAUCUGAGCUGUCCUUCAGUGUCAGCCAUCAGUGCCACCUAUCAAUGCCAAUCAGUGCACCUAUCAGUGCUACCAAUCAGUGCCACCUAUCAGUGGCAGUCAGUGCCACCUAUCAGUGCGCAUCUG